AUGUCGCUGAAUUGUUUUUACGAUAUCGCUUUGAAUACAACGAAAAAAGUUAGUUUUUUCGCCUUUUUUGGUUGAGAAUUCAAUGUUUCAGGUUCCGAUACUUGUUGCUUGCCAUAAACAAGACCUCACUUUGGCGAAAUCCGAACAGGUCGGUUUUAAAUUAAGUAAAAAAACUUCCAGAGACCUUUUAAAAAUAUUUAAAAAUAGGAUGAAUGUAAAGAAGAAACGAUAUUCGAAAAAAAUGAAAUUUCCAAUUUUUCGCUAUAAAUAUUGUACGAUUUUCUGAGCCUAGAAACUUUUUUUACUGGAAGUUUUAAUUUCGAUCUUCUUUUUUUAAUUUUUUUAUUGGAUUAAAAAGUUUUUUUUGCUCUUUUAGAUUAACUUUUAUCAAUCCUAGGAAUUCCAGUGUGAGCUCUGUAGGGAUUAGGAGAGAAUAAACCCCUAUAGGGGUCGAAAAAGUGGUCCCUAUAGGGGCUUAGAGUCAACAAGCCCCUAAAGCUCAAGCGGACCCUAUAGGGGUCUUUCGAUUUCCUUUCAAAAGCUUAUUUAUCCAGUUUUUCACAUAGAAAUACUUAUUCGCUUAGAGUUCAUAAAAAUAUCGACUAGUUCCCUUCAGGGGCCACUAACUGAAACUCCUAUAGGAAUCUUUUCUGCAAGCUUAAGUGGCCCCUAAAGAGGUUAAUAAAGUCGUCCCUAGAGAAGACCCUCCUUUUUCCUACAAAAAUAUAUACCUUUAUGUUUUUUUUUUUCAAUUGGGUAAAGUUUUCCUUUAUUUAUUUCUUGUUAUAGCCUAUUCCGCGCCAGCUUGUCACGUUUUUCGAAAGACCGUAUACCAAAUUAGAUCGAAUUUCUGUUUUUAUAACGGCAAGAAACAAAGGUCUUGAAGCGAAGUUGGUCAAAUUUGACCUGGCCUUUUGGCGGAAAGAAAAACGUGACAAGUUGGCGCGGAAUCAGUGAUUCUAUACACUUUUCCCUCAUAUUUACCCAUUUCCAGGUGAUCCGGUCGACUUUGGAAAAGGAAAUCGGUUUGGUGAAUAAAUCGCGAUCGGCGGCCCUUAAGGGAACCGACGGAGACGAAUCCAGGAAUGCCACCCUCACUGAAACGGGAACCGACUUUAUUUGGACCGAUUUGUCCGGGUUUGUCUCCAUUUUGAACUAAUCUUUCUUUGUGGAGUUAGGUUAUGAAAUACAGUCAGAAGUGUAUCUUUUACAACACCCAGAUGGUCAAAAUUCAAAAUUUUAAUGGGAAAAAUGAAAUAAGCUCUUUAUAACCGCUUUUUUUCUAUUUUUUCAAAGGAAAAAUUUCAUCUUUCCUCGUGAAAGUGAGGUCAUGAAAAUCAGGCAGAAGUGUAUUUUUUUUCUUUUUUAAUGUAAAACAAGCUCUUUAAAUCGGGUUUUUUUCUAUUUUUCACAUGGUUAGGACGUUUAUUUUCAAGUAUUCUGUCAUGUAUAUUACUCUAAAAAUUUCUUCGAUUUUUUUCACCUAGUUUUUUUUCUUUCUUGCGAUUUCAUUUUCGCACUCAUGAAAAAAAUCGAAUUCUUGCUACUCCAUUCUUUUCAAAAAAGAUUCUCAAAGUAAUAUUUUUUUGAUUCGUCAACGAGAAGCUUACACGAAAAAUCCUUCUAAAAACUCCCGUCAUUUCAAAAAAUUAUCAAGAUUUCCGGGUUUUCCGCCCUUUGACUAUCGCGUCUUUUCGGAGAACAAACUCUUUUUCUAGACACUCUCUAUUCAUUUUUAACCAAGUUGAAAUUGAGAAUUUCAAAAAUCCACAGAUAAUGAAAUCAAACUUGAGUAGACUUCUUUGAAAAAAAAUUCUUGAAGCCGAAAACAAGGCGAGAAUAAUACUUCGAGAUUGCUUCUCAGAGGGUCACAAGGGCAAAUUUACCUAUUUUGUCUCUAGUUUGCUCAUCAGGAAUCGGAAAAAUCAUCAUUUUUGCACGAAUUUCGUUCAUGUUUAAAUAAACGUAUAAAUUUUUUUAAACUGCGAAAAAAAUCGCAUGAGUAAAAAGUGUUGGAAGGAACAUUUUCUCUAUAAAUUUUGGGAUUUUUUGAAAAAAUCUUUUGAUUAAGGUAAAAUUGACAGAUUGAAGCAUCUAAAGGCUUCUUUGGAAUUUGUCGAUUAUCUAGUUUAAAUCAAAAAAUGAAGGCUUUUCAAAGGGUCAUGAGAUUUGUCCAUUUCGUCUCUAGUUUGCUUCAUAGACUGUACAGGCUUUUGGAAGAUUAUUUUAUUGCCAAGAAUCAUUACGAAUCGAUAGGAGGCAGAGUAUGAUGAAGUUGAAUAGAAGUUUCUCCUGACAAAAAUUAGAUAUUUAUAAUUUAUUAUACUCGAAAUUUUAUUUCAUAUGUAGUUUUCUGUUUAGCCCCAGUUGUGGUGAAAAACUUUUGUAAUAUCUUUUUUGCAUCUAUAUCCUAUUAUAAUAACUUUUUUCCACAAAUUUUAACAAUCUUUGGCUAGAAGAUGAUUGCCUUUUUUGCUUAAAUACAGUAAAAAUCGAGUUGGAAUCCGAUUCUUCUUCUUUUUAUUCUUCCUGCGCCUUUGUACCGCUUGAUCGUCGCCCAAAGUCGAUUAGCAGAGGUCCUAUCCUGAUAUCAGUGAACUGGCUUCAGUGACAUAUCCGUCAAUGCGUGUGACGGCUGGAGAUUUUUGAAGCCGUGGUCACUAAGAAUAACUGCCGAGAUAAACGCGAGACACUGGCGGUACAUUGACGAGCUCGCAAACAUCUCGCUUUUUUUCUCGCGCCGGUCUCGCAUUUUUCUGGGCGCGAGCUCGCAUUUUUCUAGGCGCGAGCUCGCAUUUCUCUCGCAAUUUGAAAAUUUCCGAAAUGCGAGAUAAAUGCGAGAUGGCGCCAAGAAAAAUGCGAGGUCGCGCCGAGAGAAAUGCGGGAUCGCGCCUAGAAAAAAGCGAGAUGUUUGCGAGUUCGUCAAUGUACCGCCACCGACCUCGCGUUUAUCUCGUCAGUUAUUCUUAGUGGUUUCCCACUACCAACAUUUCUUAAACCCCUUGGUUGGGUCGGGGAUCGAACUUGUGACCCUGUGGACCGUAGGCAGGCAUACAACCUGUUGCGCUACGACGCACCGUGUUGAAUUCCGAUUAAACCCCUAAAAUUUUCAACGAGUCGGCUUUAAGUACGAAGUUUCUACAAAUAUCCCCUUUUCCAGAAGAAAAAUCGAUUUCGCGACGUCGGCGGCGUUCGAUGGAGCUGAUGUCGGCAUCGACGCGAUCCGAAGUUUUGUCCGCGAUUAA